AUGUUAGGAAGCCAAGGAGAGGAAGCCAAGGAGAGGAAGCCAAGGAGAGGAAGCCAAGGAGAGGAAGCCAAGGAGAGGAAGCCAAGGAGAGGAAGCCAAGGAGAGGAAGCCAAGGAGAGGAAGCCAAGGAGAGGAAGCCAAGGAGAGGAAGCCAAGGAGAGGAAGCCAAGGAGAGGAAGCCAAGGAGAGGAAGCCAAGGAGAGGAAGCCAAGGAGAGGAAGCCAAGGAGAGGAAGCCAAGGAGAGGAAGCCAAGGAGAGGAAGCCAAGGAGAGGAAGCCAAGGAGAGGAAGCCAAGGAGAGGAAGCCAAGGAGAGGAAGCCAAGGAGAGGAAGCCAAGGAGAGGAAGCCAAGGAGAGGAAGCCAAGGAGAGGAAGCCAAGGAGAGGAAGCCAAGGAGAGGAAGCCAAGGAGAGGAAGCCAAGGAGAGGAAGCCAAGGAGAGGAAGCCAAGGAGAGGAAGCCAAGGAGAGGAAGCCAAGGAGAGGAAGCCAAGGAGAGGAAGCCAAGGAGAGGAAGCCAAGGAGAGGAAGCCAAGGAGAGGAAGCCAAGGAGAGGAAGCCAAGGAGAGGAAGCCAAGGAGAGGAAGCCAAGGAGAGGAAGCCAAGGAGAGGAAGCCAAGGAGAGGAAGCCAAGGAGAGGAAGCCAAGGAGAGGAAGCCAAGGAGAGGAAGCCAAGGAGAGGAAGCCAAGGAGAGGAAGCCAAGGAGAGGAAGCCAAGGAGAGGAAGCCAAGGAGAGGAAGCCAAGGAGAGGAAGCCAAGGAGAGGAAGCCAAGGAGAGGAAGCCAAGGAGAGGAAGCCAAGGAGAGGAAGCCAAGGAGAGGAAGCCAAGGAGAGGAAGCCAAGGAGAGGAAGCCAAGGAGAGGAAGCCAAGGAGAGGAAGCCAAGGAGAGGAAGCCAAGGAGAGGAAGCCAAGGAGAGGAAGCCAAGGAGAGGAAGCCAAGGAGAGGAAGCCAAGGAGAGGAAGCCAAGGAGAGGAAGCCAAGGAGAGGAAGCCAAGGAUAGGAAGGCAAGGAGAGGAAGGCAAGGAGAGGAAGGCAAGGAGAGGAAGGCAAGGAGAGGAAGGCAAGGAGAGGAAGGCAAGGAGAGGAAGGCAAGGAGAGGAAGGCAAGGAGAGGAAGGCAAGGAGAGGAAGGCAAGGAGAGGAAGGCAAGGAGAGGAAGGCAAGGAGAGGAAGGCAAGGAGAGGAAGGCAAGGAGAGGAAGGCAAGGAGAGGAAGGCAAGGAGAGGAAGGCAAGGAGAGGAAGGCAAGGAGAGGAAGGCAAGGAGAGGAAGGCAAGGAGAGGAAGGCAAGGGAAAGAGUAAGUGA